UUCAGGCGGAUCACAGCGGCGCGUCAGUGGAGGUGCAGUCCAAGACAUGAGCGCUUUCCAGUUUAACGCCGUUUUACUGGAAAUUUCUGAUCAGCUGACUGCUGCACAGCUGGACCAGAUGAAGUUUCUGUGUGGAGACACGAUCGGGAGAAGAGAGCUGGAAACGAUCGACACUGGAAUAAGGCUGUUUACUGCUCUGACGCACAGAGGCAGGCUAGGAGCCGAUAACAAGGAGUAUCUUUGCGAUCUACUACAGAAAAUUCACCGCCGCGAUCUGUCAGAUAAAUUAAACGGUUUUGAAAGUCAGACCGGGUCUGCCAACAACCAGCCGGACGACGAGGAGCAAGCCAAACUGGACAUUGCCACAGAGGUGAUCUCCGAGCGUCUGGGAAAGCCUUGGCGUAAACUGGGCCGCAAACUGGGUUUGAAUGAAGUUAAGCUAGAGUCCAUCUCCAAGAGGCAUCCCACAGAACUGGAGGAGGUUGCGGUGGAGCUGCUGAAGGAGUGGAGGAAGAAUCGUGGACCUGAGGCACGAACAGAGGAGCUGAUAAAAGCCCUGAGAGCCUGCCAGUACAACCUGACAGCUGAUGAAGUUGAACGCAGACUUGCAACCCGUUGAUACUGAUGGAGAUUUACAGAUCAGAUAAAACAGAUUAAGUCUGGAAGUGGAAAUGAAAGCUGGGAUUUAAAGAAAUUAAGUUUCAAGAAAGUUAUACACAUAUAUGAAAUUAUGCAAAAACUAAUCAUCUUUGGUGAGGUGAAUAAAUGGACUUCCUGAUUGAAACAUGCACCAGAGUAAGAGAACGUGUGUUUAAAGGACUGAGCGGAGCUCUUCAGAGUCAGCUGUUUCAUGUUUUAAAUGAACUCGGUGAUGUUCUGAUUUUUCAAAUAAUAAAUCCAACAGAAGGGGAGAUUUCUGUAGGUGGUGGUGGACACAUUUACAGACAUGUCAGCAAUAUCAAAAGCAACUUAUAGACACUUUUUCUAUGAUGGAGGAAAUUAUAUUUUGUAUCAUAUUAAAAAGCAAAUUGUAUCAACA